AUGAGCGAAACAGCUGAAGCACUCUUCAAGGAGAUUGCUCCAGCACAUCGGACUCCGCAUGCAAAAGUUACAGUGGUUGGUGUUGGCCAGGUCGGAAUGGCUUGUGCUGUUAGCAUCAUGCAAAAGAACAUCGCCAGCGAAUUGUGCUUGGUAGACGUGGUGGCGGACAAAUUGAAAGGAGAGAUGAUGGAUUUGCAACAUGGUGUUCCAUUCAUGCAUCCUUGCACCAUUCGUGCCUCAACAGAUUAUGCCAUCACGAAAGGCUCGAAACUAUGCGUUGUUACCGCUGGUGUGCGUCAACGAGAAGGCGAAAGUCGUCUCUCGUUAGUGCAACGUAAUGUGGAAAUUUUUAAGAACAUCAUUCCGAACCUUGUAACGAAUUCUCCGGAUACAAUGUUGUUGAUAGUUUCAAAUCCAGUGGAUGUCCUUACUUAUGUUGCAUGGAAAAUUUCGGGACUACCACCCCAUCGUGUUUUCGGCAGCGGAACAAAUCUUGACUCAGCUCGUUUCCGAUUCUUACUCUCAGAAAAACUCGAAAUCGCUCCAACUAGCUGCCAUGGAUGGAUAAUCGGUGAGCAUGGUGAUACAAGUGUCCCAGUUUGGUCUGGCGUCAACGUGGCUGGUGUCGCAUUGCGUAAUGUAAAGCCUGAUAUUGGGAAACAAGCCGAUUCAGAUAAGUGGCAGGAUGAAGUUCAUAAAGGCGUCGUUUCAGCUGCUUAUGAAAUCAUCAAGCUGAAAGGUUACACCUCGUGGGCUAUAGGGAUGUCCACUGGUUCCAUCGCAACAAUUGCUUUACGGAACACACGUUCUAUUUGUGCGCUUUCGGUCAAUGUUAAGGGACUUCAUGGCAUUGAGAACGACGUUUAUCUUUCGCUCCCAGUAGUUCUAGGUGAGAACGGGGUUACUCAUAUUGUCAAGCAGACACUGAGUGAAAGCGAGGUAUGUAAUUCCCAUUAG